AUGAAAGGCUCCGCGGCUACUCUGGUUCUCGCUGGCCUCGCUGCUGGCUUCGUCGCGCCCGGCGGCAAGGUCGCCUUCUCGGCCCAGCAGCUGGCGGCCUCGAGCGCGCCCAACGCCGUCUCCAUGGCCACGUUGAAGGGCAUCAAGAUCCAGCAGCGCGAGGACGACCGCGCCGCCGGCCUCUUUGACGUGGACCGCUACGCCGCGACCGGCGCGGCCCCUUGCGUCAGCGGCAAAGCCGGCGAGUACAGCUGCCGCAACGUGAACCUGGCCGGCUUCCUCCGCCACCAGGACAUGGGCAGCGUCGAGCGCGAAGGCAACGACGUCUGGGCGUGGACUUCCUCCACUGGUCGCGAGUUUGGCCUCGUCGGCCAGACCGACGGCACCGCCUUUGUCGAGGUGCUCAAGGACGGCAGCCUGCAGUACCUGGGCCGCCUUCCGACGCAGACGGUGGCCUCGACCUGGCGCGACAUCAAGGUGCUCGGCAACCACGCGUACAUUGGCGCCGAGGCGGCCAACCACGGGCUGCAAAUCUUUGACCUCACCAAGCUCCUGACGCUGAGCCCGGCGAGCCCCAAGACGUUCAGCACCACGAGCGACCUCACGGCGCUCUACGCCGAGUUUGGCAGCAGCCACAACAUCGUCGUGCACGACGGCACGACCAAGACGGUGUCGGCCGUCGGCACCGGCCGCAACGCCGGGUGCAACGCCGGCCUCUGGAUGGUGGACGUGUCCAACCCCAGCAAGCCCAAGAAGGCGGGCUGCGUCGGCGAGGACGGCUACGUGCACGACGCGCAGUGCGUCAUCUACUCCGGGCCGGACCAGCGGUACAAGGGCCGCGAGGUCUGCUUCAACUACAACGAGGACACGCUCACCAUUGUCGACGUCACGGACCGCGCCAGCCCCAAGCAGCUCUCCCGCACCACGUACAAGGGCGCGACAUAUACCCACCAGGGCUGGCUCGCCGACAAGGAGAUGCGCUACCUGCUGCUCGACGACGAGCUGGACGAGUCGCGCAAGACGGGCCCCGCCGCGGACCAAAAGACCACGACGUACAUUGUCGACAUCAUCAACCUGACCAAGCCCGUCUUCACCGGCGUGUACAAGAGCCCGGCCAAGUCGAUCGACCACAACCAGUACGUCCUCGACGGGCUCUCGUACCAGUCCAACUACGGCUCCGGCCUGCGCAUCGUCAACGUCUCCUCGGUCGCGCAGGACCCGACCGGCGCCGGCUUCAAGGAGGUUGGGUUCUUCGAUGUCCACCCUGCUGACGACGCGGUUGGCGGCGAGGCUACGUUCCACGGCGCCUGGUCCGUCUACCCGUACCUCAAGAGCGGUUACAUUCUCAUCAACAGCAUUGAGCGCGGUGUCUAUUCUGUCAAAUAUGCUAGUGUCUCGAUAUAG